AUGGGUGACUACGGUCAGCCUUCCUAUCUACCGCUGCAUUGGAAUGCCCACCAGUCCUUGAUGCUUGCCAAUGAGGCUCCGGCCAGAAACUAUCGCAAGGUCCUGUCCAGGGUGACCAAGCCCAGCAGCGCUGGCAACAGUCCUCACUCACAUGCACGUUCGCGGAAUGCCCCGCAGGCCAUGCCAAUCAACACCGAUGUCUUUUCAAUUCAGAACUCUUCUUCUGUUCAGAGCACUGUCUCAAUCCAAUCACAGAAACAGCCACGGCCUACCAGCUGGCAUCCAUCAUUGAGACAAUUGCCUUACUACGUGCCCAACUGCCACCCCUCGUGGCUUCGUGAUGUCUCUGUCUCUGAUCUCGAGCCUCAGCCAGGAAUGGCAUCUAUGUACAGCCUCUCCACGCCCAUAACGUGCCCCAUGAGCGGGGACCUGCUGUCAACCAACGAUUACUUCGCAACUCAAUCAGAAUCAUACAACUACCUCCCUCCUGGACCCCAGGCCUACACGCCUGUAGAACCUCCAGACAUGCUGUUCUCUGAGCCUUCAGAGUGGUCCACCUUCGGCAUGGAUGGAACACCGCUGUCGGCUUAUCCCUGGAUGCAAAACCCCAUUGCCUCGACAGACGCGGCUGUUGACUUUUGCUGCCAUGAGAGCGUCGCGUCCGCCGAUGACCCCACUGCGCCGCCAACUCCAGACCAGAAUCCUCAAGAUUGUCCGCCCAGCGGCGUCAAAGGCGAUGAUCUAGUAGCUCUCGGCUUGUACGACGAGCCUCAGCCGCUAUCUUUCAGCAGCGCCUUACUUGGCGGCGGUUAUGAUGACUUUGCAUGCCACCGUACGGGCAAGGGACUCAAAUUGGAAGAAACCUUUACUCCUACUCCGGAAGCCGACGAUGAAGACGAUGAGGACGCCGAUGCCGAUGCCGAUGACGAAGACGGCGAGGAGCAGUAG